CGAACUUCUCUUCUAGGAGAAUUCCCAAGCAUCCUAUCGCAACGAGACAGUCAACCAUACAUAUUAACAACUUAGUAUUUCAAUUACUAUUUUUAAAAAUGUAUUUCACCUCCAUCCUUGCUGGCAUGGCUGCCCUCACGGCUACGGCUCAAGGAGGGCCCCUUCCAAGAUUUGAUCCCUACGUCGGCGACAUGAGAACAUUUUCCACUGCAGGCUGUUUAACAAACAACCAGGGAGUCGGAACUGUAACUCAGUCAAUGACUGGUGCCUGCCAACGCAACCCCGACCCUUUCAGUUCCAUGUAUCUCUAUAUGGGCGCCGGAUGGGUUUUCCGCGCACAUGGUGACCCAGAAUGCAAAGAUGAAGGAACCGUCAUCUCAACAAGUCUUACCGGGAGUCCAUUUGUUUGCAACAACCACACCAACGCAUGGGUUGCUUACCAGGUCGACCGCCUUAACCCUGGAAAGGCUUAAAGCUUAACAACAACUAUUGCUCUUUGACUGGGCAAUUUAUACAAUUUAAAAAUCAAUCGAAGACGCUUAAGGUCACGGGGAGUACGGGUUUAUUUACGUCGGAAUUUAACGUGUGAUCGAAUUUGAACGAUAAAAUGACAUGGAUUGAAUGCAGGACAUUCAUUGCACGACAAAUUUUAUACCUAGGUACAAUAUAGGAUGGGGGGCAUCGGGCAUUGGAUCUGGG